CCCCGGGCCCGCGGUGACGGCGGCUCGGCCGCGGCCAUGGGGUGCCUGCAGAGCGUGGCCUGCAAGGCGCGGGUGCGCCGGGAGCAGAUCGUGGUGUCGGACGUGUCGGCCACCAUCGAGCCGGCGGCCACGGCCAUCGAGGAGAGCUCGCCGGUGGUGCUGCGGUACCGCACGCCCUACUUCCGCGCCUCCGCCCGCGUCCUCAUGCCGCCCAUCGCCCGGCGGCACACCUGGGUGGUGGGCUGGAUCCAGGCCUGCAACCACAUGGAGUUCUACAACACCUACAGCGACCUCGGCGUGUCAAGCUGGGAGCUGCCUGACCUGCGAGAAGGAAGAGUAAAAGCCAUCAGUGACUCGGAUGGUGUGAGCUACCCCUGGUAUGGAAACACCACAGAAACCGUGACCCUGGUCGGGCCCACUAACAAGAUCUCCAGGUUCUCGGUGAGCAUGAAUGACAAUUUCUACCCUAGUGUGACGUGGGCUGUCCCUGUGAGCAACAGUAACGUGCCAUUGCUGACCAGGAUUAAAAGGGACCAGAGCUUUACCACGUGGCUCGUGGCCAUGAACACAACCACCAAGGAGAAGAUCAUCUUGCAGACUAUAAAGUGGAGGAUGCGAGUGGACAUUGAGGUCGAUCCCAUGCAGCUGCUGGGGCAGCGGGCACGGCUGGUGGGAAGGACUCAGCAGGAGCAGCCGCGGAUCCUCAGCAGGAUGGAGCCCAUCCCACCAAACGCACUAGUGAAGCCCAACGCCAACGACGCCCAGGUCCUCAUGUGGAGACCCAAGCGAGGGCAGCCCAUAGUCGUGAUACCUCCCAAGUAGGGUAGUGCCAGGCAUGCACGUGAGGACUUGGGUGUCCCCAGCCUGCUGCAGACGAACAGGGUUUCCGAGCCAAAGCAGA